AUGCCUUCCGGCGACGAUGUAAACACCAAUUCAGACUCUUCGCGAGUCGCAUUGCCAAAUGGAGGGUCGGUCGCUAUCAAGACUGAGGCUGAAGUCGAUGCGGGCGCCCUAGUAUCGCUGCACAUGGAAACUACCGACAGCGUCAAGAAUGCGCCCUCAUCUUCAUCCUCGUUAUCGCCUGCCAUUAAAUCGCCUAGUCAGAGCGACUCGCCUUUGAUGAAAGUCGAGGCAGGUAUUGAAGAGAAAAUGAGCGACCUCAAGACUAGUAGUAUCGGGGGCGACAUCACGCUCAAACAAGAGCCUGGUAAACCGCCAAAACUCGCUCGUAGCUCAUCUCAGAAGGUGAUUGCUCGUCCUCCUCAGCUAUUCAAUCAUUUACCCGACAGUGUCAAUGAGGCUCGUCAAACUUUUGAAGUCAUCGAUGACUGUAUUUACAGCAGCAAGUACAUGGGCCAUACAGAACACGCCAUGGAAUGCGACUGCUCUGAAGAGUGGGAUGGGAAAAUAAAUCACGCAUGCGGGGAAGACUCAGACUGCAUCAACCGAGCAACAAGAAUUGAAUGCUUGAAUGAUUGUAGCUGUGGCCAAGACUGCCAAAACCAGAGGUUUCAAAGGAAAGAAUACGCAAAUGUCACCGUUAUCAAGACGGCUAAAAAAGGCUUUGGUCUUCGCGCAGAGUCUGACAUACACCCUCACCAAUUCAUCUAUGAAUAUAUCGGCGAAGUCAUCAACGAGGUUAGCUUCAGACGCCGAAUGAUUCAGUAUGACAAGGAAGGUAUCAAGCACUUUUAUUUCAUGUCGUUGAAUAAAGGUGAAUUUGUCGACGCUACGAAGAAGGGCAAUUUGGCACGAUUUUGCAAUCAUUCCUGUAACCCAAACUGCUACGUCGAUAAAUGGGUGGUGGGCGAGAAGCUACGUAUGGGAAUCUUCGCUGAGCGCUACAUCCAGGCCGGGGAGGAACUUGUUUUCAAUUACAACGUUGAUCGAUACGGCGCAGACCCUCAGCCCUGCUAUUGUGGUGAACCGAAUUGUACUGGAUUCAUCGGUGGCAAGACACAGACGGAACGAGCAACGAAGCUGUCCAACGCCACCAUCGAAGCACUGGGCAUCGAAGACUCCGACGAUUGGGAUAUUGCAGUUGCCAAGAAGCCCCGCAAGAAGAAGACGGAAGAGCCUGACGAGGAAUAUGUUGAAAGUGUACAGCCCAAGUCUUUGGAUGAGAAUGGUGUUACAAAGGUUAUGGCGGCUCUGAUGCAGUGUACUGAGAAAUGGAUUGCGGUCAAGCUUUUGAGUCGUAUCCAGCGGUGUGACGAUGAACGGGCUCUCAACCGUGUCGUGAAGAUGCAUGGCUAUCGGAUUCUUAACUCUCAGCUCAGCAUGUGGAAGGAUGACAUCAAUGUGGUACUUCAAUUGCUUGACGUGUUGUCGAAACUUCCAGCCCUCACUCGAAACAAAAUCAUCGACUCUGGGAUUGAGUCUACGGUCCAACCAUUGACUACGUCCGAGGAUGAUCGUGUUGGAAAACAGGCCUCUUCACUGUUGGAAGUUUGGUCGAAUCUGGAAGUCGGGUACCGCAUUCCUCGUAUGAAACGUGAUCCCACGGCGUCCACCCCACAAGUAGUCAGCCAAUUUGAGCGACGUGAAACGACAGGAAAUGAUAAUCGCAAUCGAUCCAAGUCCCGAUCACGGUCAAGAUCAAAGUCUAUCGAACCUCCCCGUGGACCUGCUGCACAGAGCAGAGGGGGAUUCAGCGGUCGACCUGUUCCACAUAAUCGCGGACCUCGAUUUCCACGACCACCAACACUGCCGCAAGGCUGGUUUGAGAGGUCUGACGUGGAUGGGAGAUCCAUUUACUACACGGCUAAUGGCCACACACAGUAUGAGAAGCCUACUCAACCAGCCUCGGAGAUCCCUGCAGUGGCUUCCCUGAAACGGAAACAUUUCCAAGAUAUUAUCGACACAAUCAUGGAAUCUCGCAUGGAAACGCCGCGUGACCGCACCAGCACUCCUGGGACACCUCAGCCACAAAAGGCAGACCAAAAGAAGGAAUCGUGGAGAUCUUAUCCUGAAGAGAAGCAGAAGAAGAUAUACGAGAAUACGAUACAUCCUUAUGUCAAAUAUGUGGUGGACAAGUUCAAGAAGAAACUGCCCAAAGAAGAUUUGAAGAGAUAUGCAAAAGAGGUCGCCACGAAGUUAGUCGAUUCGGACUUCAAACACGGUAGAGUCGAGGAUAUUCUCCAAAUCUCCGAAAAGCAACAGCAAAAAAUCAAGAAGUAUUGCAAGGAAUAUUUCGAGAAAGCAGUAGCGAAACACAAAGCGCACGAGAAGAAGAAAGCAGAAGGAAACGGCCAUGACGACAGCAAGUCGAAAGAUAAGGAUCUCCGCGAUCAAUCGGCGUCGCAAACACCUCAGGCUCGAGGAGACUCGGGGUCCCCAAACGAGCCGAACGGCAGAUUGAAUGUAUCUGAAGAUGACGGCGACGAGCCAACAACUAAACGAAAAAGAGACGUCGACGAUGAACCAGAGAUUGAGAACGGGCAUGCAUCGCCUAUGAAACGGCAGAAAUCAACACCACCGCCACCGUCUCAACAGCAUCAUCCUCGUGAUGGUCUUGACGAUGAAUUACAACGGUCUGGUCUCUCAGCAUCGCAUCAAAGCAUUGGGGUUGUACAAUAG